CAUCUCUCUUCCCCCCCGCUGUGAAGUGGCAUGAGUUUCUGAAGGACACAGCGCUCCGCUCUGCUGUGGUGUAGUGCGCUGCUGUUAGAGUUGGAGAGCCUGAUCCGACAGGAGGGAUAGAUAGACUCACUGCACUCCCUCCCUCUCUUUCUUUCCCUCCCUCUCUCUCUCUCUCUUUCCCCCCCUCUGUGUCGCUGUCUGUCUCUCUGUCCCCACGCUCUCUCGUUCAUGAAUGUCACCUCUAUCUCUGGGAAAUGCUGGAUUUGUCAAGUCUCCGUCUUUUUCCCUGUCUUCUCUCAGGGCGCGGGUGAACGCGACGGGGAUGCCAGGGGAGCCUGAAAGAUGCCGAGGAAACAAGCCGCGCUCCGUUCAGCAGAAGCCGCAUCCCUUCAUCAGCUUGCAGAGCUGAUACCUCAGGUCGGACAGUCACUACUUCUUCCUCUACUUCUCUUGCUCUGACUGUGUUCGAGGUGGAGAAUUUUUACAGGUGAAGGCAAAGAAAGGACGGGAGUCACAGGCUGUCCCAACAGUGAUACUCCUGUCAUUUUGGAGAGUUAAUGUGUGGACCCCUUUUUUGUCCCAGUGAACAGCAUCAGGCUUCUUAUUUUUGGGACUGAGCAGGUGAAGAGGACUAAAUUUCAUCGUUUUUUUAAUGGUUCUGGUUUUAUAAUGCGACGAGUCCCGUUUUGAGACAAACUUCAUUUGUGCUUGGAGUACUCUUAGAGUGGGACAGAGGUGUCAGAGGGAUAGCGGCUACACUGCACUGGAAUUUGGGUGGAUAACAACAUGACUCGUCCUGGCAGAGGUAGAGUGACAUGUGAAAGCUUUACUUGAAUCGGUCUCCCAACCACAACGCACAAAUCCCAGAAGGACAUAUAAAGGCAAACGACCACUCAUCCAAACCUCCGUGAGCAGUGGUUGUCAGACUUGGGAGGGCUUUUAAAGGAUCCACCCUUCUCUUUCCUCCACCUCCAACUCUUCCUCCCUUCCUCUCCUUCUUUUUCUGUUCCCUCCCAGUUGAUUCGUCCUAGGAAGCCCCCUCCUCCGCUCUGCACCCCUCCCUCAGUGGUGCUCCGUCGCCCUGGGUGAGUGGGCAGGGGGGUGGCCCACGGUACCCCCCGACACCUGGGUGCCACCGAGCCGCCAGAGGCUGGUGAGGGGGCAGCUGGGUCAGCACUGGGAAGAUGGCCGCUCUUGCCAGUUCCCUCAUCCGCCAGCGCAGGGAGGUCAAGGACCCCCAGGCAAACCGGCAGAUCGCCAGCAAGCGAAAGCCCUGCCCGAAGAGCAACAAGUCACUUUGCCAGAAGCAAAUCCUCAUAUUAAUAUCAAAAGUUCGAUUAUGUGGCAGUCGAGGGAGAAAAAUGGAGAAAAGACCAGAGCCUCAGCUGAAGGGCAUUGUCACGCGGCUCUACUGCAGACACGGCUUCUACCUCCAGAUGCUGCCGGAUGGCACCAUGGAAGGCACAAAGGACGAAAGCAGCUCCUUCUUGCAGUUCAACUUGAUUCCUGUGGGGCUCAGGAUAGUGGCCAUCCAGAGCACCAAGACAGGGCUCUACGUUGCCAUGAACAGCGAGGGCUACCUCUACACUUCGGAACACUUUACACCUGAGUGUAAGUUUAAGGAGUGUGUGUUUGAGAACUACUACGUCACCUACUCGUCCAUCCUGUACAGACAGACCCAGUCAGGGCGGGCUUGGUACAUCGGCAUCAACCGGGACGGCCAAGUCAUGAAGGGGAACCGCGUCAAGAAGACGAAGGGAGCUGCUCACUUCCUGCCCAAGCUUAUUGAAGUGGCUAUGUACAGGGAGCCCUCUCUACAUGACGUUGGUGAACAGAGUCCGCCCAGAAAAACGCCCAAGACCUCCAGUGAUUCGCCUGUGCUCCAGAACGGCAAGAAAGAUCCUCAAUCCAAAACCAAAACCUCCUCCUCCUAGCGCUCAGAGACACAGGAGAGAGGAGUGGUAGACAACAUGUGGACAAUGGGCACCAGCGGACACCUGAACAAGUUUGUUAGGGCUACCCUCCCCCCCACAUGCUGCCUGUAAUACUGAUCCCAUAAUGCACUGGUGACAAACUGGGUAAAAAGCAGAAGCAAGUCCAGGCAGAGUGGAGUUGGCCAGUGGGAGGCCCCUUUUACCUUUACAGAAGCCCAUUCACACCAGCCCACCAUGUUCUUAUUUAAUGACCUUUAUGAUUAGCAGAGCCUGGGAUCUAAAAGCAAUAACUCCGCAAAGAGGUGAAAAGUGGCCUAACAUUGUACAGCAUGUCACCACAGCGUGUUCAACCAGCUGGAAGGGAAAACCCCCCACACCCCCUAGACAUCAUCAUUGAGAUCCUUCCAGUCAACCAAAUAUCCAAACAAAGUCUUCCUGGGUUUAACACAAAGAGUGCACUGGGUAAAUCUGUCCCUCUGCUGCACAUGCUCCACAAUUGGGUUAUGUCUUUAUUCCCCUAUGGGGUUUAAUGCUAAGGUUAGCUUGACAAAGAGUCAUGCUAAUGUGAGGCUGUCACAAAGACCCUUUGGUUCUAAAGCCAUCUGCUCACUCCACAUCUUCAGCGUGUGCGUCAGCAACUUUGUGAGAUAGCCUGAAUAUGUGUCAGUCCUAUAUGCGUGUGUGUGUGUGUGUGCGUGUGUGUGUUCCCUUCUUCCAUUCACCUUUGCUACGAUUUUAUUAGUUCGUGACAUGGACUCAAUUUUCCACUCUGCGGCACAAGAAAGCCCCUCCCUCCUCUGCGGCUCCGUUAAUGGAGUCUGGGACUGAUCAGAAUCUUUCGACCCUUAAACGAGGGGUCAAAAGCUCCCCCGGCACAUUGCGUAACCGCAUAACCCACACUCAUUUAUACACUUACAUCUACCCAUGCAUGUUUGUGGUUUGUGCAGCACGUGCACACACUUUAGAGCCCAGAUGUCCGUGAGCAUCGGCCGCUGAAAACCAUCUCACACCUUAACACACUUAGCAAAGUGACACGCACGCUCGUGACUGCGCCCACUAACAUGACACAGUGGUGAGUGUGUGUGCAGGUUCUGGGAGAUGAUGAGGAUAUCAUCAGCGAAAUGGGUUGGUAAUGGAGCCUGGCUGUGCGGUUUGUGAUUGUGCUGCAAUAGCUGUUUUCACUGUGGCCGGCCAUGCAUUGCACAAACCCUCAAGGGCCACACACUAUCUGUGCAAAUCAUCUUUUGUUUCACUGCACACACACAAAUACACACACACAUAUAUAUAGAAAUGCCAAUUUUGUAUUUUUUCAUCAUACUCUGCCAUCAUGUUCAGGGGGUCUGACUUGAGAUUUUGACCUAAUUUUGUGUGAAAUAGUCAAUAUUCACACAUACACUGAUAUUCCAGUGAAAGGCUAAAACUAAGAGAACAACCUUUCAUUGGAUAUAAAUCACAAUCAGUAAUCCUUUUAAUUGGAUUUAAUGUCAAUUGGCUGUCUUGAAACUAAAGAUAAAUGUGAAAAUAAUAUAUGACAGUUGGCUACGCAGCGCUGUGAGUAAAGUAGUCUGAAAGUGUCUGCAUUUUCUGAGUUUUAAGCUGUUUCACUAAUUUGUCAUACACUAAGAGUUAUCUUGCAUCCGUAUGAGAAUUACACUUCCCCAAAUUUUCGCGCUGCAUAGCAUUGUUCAAAUAAACCGUGUUUAUUCCUUAAAGAUAAAGAUAAAGUUAGAAGACAUUAUCGAAAGCAGCUCUGGUGGAAAAAGCUCAGUUCCCCCUGAGCAAUGAGGUAGCAAUACUCAAAAAAUAAAAAAAAUGCCCAAAAUGCUGACUUUAAGUAAUUUGAUUUAAUGUAAGUUUCCAUCUAUUAUUUAUUUUUUUUAUCACGUAAGUACAAUGUAAAAGGUUCACUUUAAAGGUCAAAUGAAAUUUAGUUGAUUGAUAUACCUUCAGUUUAUACCAAGGUGAUCCUUAUUUGAAUAAAAACCUUUGAUUUUAGAAAGAUUUAAAAAUUGUAAUUUUUAUUUUUAAACUUGUAGUUUUCAGGUAUAAGUUUGGGAGUUUCAAAAGUUACAUUUUCAGAGACUUUAUUUGCAUGUAUUCCCAGAUAUCAGUUUGGGAAGCAGAUUGUACUUUGAAAGAGUACAAUUAAAUGAACUAUGCCACCAAAUUGCAUUAUGGGAAAUGUAGUAACUAAUGAUCUGUUUUGCUGGAACCAAAGUCAGGAUUUCUUCAGCUUCUUCUGCACUGAUUUUUCAUAUAAAGCUCCCAUACUUCAUACAUAAAUUAGUGUAGGGUACUCAGUUAAAUUACUGUAACAUUAACUAAAGAAACUAAUGCCGGGGAAUCAUUUGUUAAUGUAAUUUUUAACAUUUUUAGAAAUGAACUCUGCAGUUUUUUGGGGGGUUUGGUUUUAUAGAGAGAGUUUGAUUUUGAUGCAAAGAGGAAUUCAAGCCUUCUUUACUUGUCACGUCCUUACAGUUAUUAUUUAGAGCUUAUAUAUUGUGAUCCCAUGAUAUGACUGAGGCAAAAAUAAUUAAAGUUGUAUGAGCAUAGAUGAUGGUACAAGAAUGAUGGCUCUGAAAAAAGGAAGCUUAAGCGUCUCACAUCUUUUUGCCAAUGUUUAUUUGUUAGCCUGUCCUGGUAAAGAAAAUCACUAGCAUAUUUAAUAUUUCACUCCUUUCUUUCCGGAGACCUUGUUUGGUGCAUUUCCAUUUGUUGUUUCCAUUGAACACAAAAAGCAAUCAUUUUUCAUAUCAAACUUGCUACAAUAUGCCAGGCAGGGUAAUUGUUUCUGCCUUAUGUUUAUGUACUGUGGGAAGCGAGGGAGUCCUUUGUGUUCGGGAGGUAAAGGCGAGGCGAGAUUGAUGAUCAGGGCAGAGGGAGAGAGAGAGAGAGAGAGAGAGAAACAAAAGAAAUGAGCGAGAGAAGAAGAGAAAAUUUUAGGGAGGAUAAUUAUGAUGAUGAGCACAACAAAAAGAGAUUUAAAAGGGAAUUAUGCUAAUGUGGACACUCUUGCCUGAAGACACACAUUUACUAGCGCUUCUCCUUAUGCGCGUAAUCCUCUGCCCCCAUGCAACCUGUGGUUGUAAAUAAUAAUAGCUGAUAACCCAAUCAGGAUGGAGGCGAGGGUGCUGAGCAAUGUAAUCUUCUACCUGAGAAUUGAAGCAAAUUGUACCUCUGCUUUCCUGAAGGAAGAAAGGAAGGAAGGAAAGAGUAAUCCAGUGAAUACUUAAAGGAAAGGAAUUGGUCUGAGAGAGAGGAAAUAAAUAAAAGAGGGGGUGAAGGAUAUAAAGGCAGGUGACUCAAUACAUAUAUGAUUUAAAAUAAUAUAUAUUUUUUAAUUUAUUGUACUUAAGCUACUGUUAAAACCUCACUUUCACACUGAAGACCUUAAUUAAACUGUUAAAUAGACAUUCAGGUUGAUGUGUUUGACCAGACACCCUCCCUGGAUCACACGAUCCAGAACACAGUGUUUGACUGUUAUUUGCAGAGUAAUUAGUGUUUAAUUAAAAGAGGCUCCCUCCUCCCAGAACUGAAGCAAGUCUGUCUGAGACUGGAUUCUCUUAGAUGGAGAGAGGAGUAACUCAACAAACAGAGCUUUUGUAACAUCUAUAUUAUGUAUUUUAAGGGCUGGGAAAUCUGUGUUCCAAUAUUUUUUUAUGUAUGUCUCAUGACUGUUGUUUUUGGGUUUUAAAAGGAGGUUAAGGGCUAAAGUUUUAGUUUAAAUAAUCUUUGUGGAAGAGUUUAAGGAGCACGGAUUUCGCACAGAUUAUUUUUACCAUAUAGAUAAACAAACGUUUGAAAGUGUGUUCAGACAGAGCACCACCAAAGGCAUUGGUGUUACGAUGAUAAAUGACAAACUUGGCUCGUGUGUGCAAACUUAAGCCGCUGUAGGAGUGCUUUAAUCCUGCAUUCUCUCUAAUGGCCAGCAGGGGGCAACUUAUCUGGUUGCACGAAAAUGUCCGAUUCUAUAAAAGCCUUUGGGACAAUGACCCAAAACCUCACUCCAUGACGGUCUCGUUUACUAGUUUCAAGAUUUAAUCCCAUGUAGAGAGAAAAAAUGCUAAAGGUCAAAUCAGUGGAUAAGAAAAAUUAAAUAAUCUUUUCUCAAGCAUUUUACAAAACUAACUAUAAAGCACUAUUCUACAAACAAGUAAAAAGCAUAUACCAGUUAAGGGCAAGCCAGUGCAUCUCUUUAUGUUUAUGUGAGAGCUCAGCCAUUAGCUCAUCUUGCCAGGAACUAUGCGGUCCCCCCCUUUUCCUCUAUUCUAGAAUACUGUUGAUAUUGCUACAUUCAUAAAGGUAAUUAUAAAAGUGGCUUUUUUUUAAGCCCACAGCUGUUUUCAUUUGCUAAACCAGUCAUCAUCUCAUCAAAAAGGUGCCCCGUGUCCUGUCUGAACACACCUCUGAGGGUAAAGUGACUGUGAUGAAGUCUUGAUCCACAUUUUUAGGUUUGUGGUCUUUUGACAGAAAACCUUCGAUACAAAGCUAAAAAGAACGUAAGAAGCAAUGAAAGUGCAGAGGUGUCAAUAUAGGAAAUGUGGGGUCCUGCUAGUUUGGAUCUUGUCUCGUGAGAGUGAGAAUAUCUUUUUUAGUCCAUUUGUAAUCCUUUCCUGACUCUUAAAUACAGAAAAUCACUGGAGGGGCCCUUUAACUUUCAAAAUAAAAGCUGCAUGAGAGAAAAUGAGG